AUGAUUACUAAUAGAUUAAUUAAUUCAUGUAAAUCCUUAAAUGGAAUUGUUUCUAAAAGUUUACUAAAUAAUACUACUAAAAAUGUUAUUUUUCAACAACAACAACAAAUUAGGAAUAUGUCGUCUUGGAAAAAUUUUUUAAAUCCAUUUAAAUAUUAUAAAGAAAAUGCAGAUACUCAACAAAAAAGAAGAGUUAAAAAAGAAUUAGAAGAUGGUGUUUUAUGGGAUGUUAAAGAAUUUAUGAAAAAUCCAACAAUGAAAGUUUUUGUUGGAUCACCAAAUUUAAUUAAUGAAUCACAAGCAGAAGUUGUACCACAAAUUAAAACAAAAGAUUUGGAUGGUAAUAAAUUGGAAUUUCCAAAUUGUUUAAAUAAAGAUAAUAAUGAUCCAUCAUUAUUAAUCGUUUCAGUUAAACCAUUUCAUGCUGAUAAAUUUAUAAAAAGUUGGUCUGAACCAUUUAAAAAGGAAUUCCCACAAUUGGAUAUUCAUAGUAUAUUUUUGGUUUCACAAUUAGGUUAUCAAAUUUUAUCACCCCUUUUAAAAAGUACUCGUAAAGGAAAGAAUAAUGAUCUUACAGAAUCUUGGUAUAAUUUACCAAUGGCAAUUAAAAAAUCAAAUACAAUUUUUGAAGAUUUUGGUGUUACAAAUCCAUAUUCAUCAUAUAUAUUUUUAGUUGUUGAUGGUAAAAUUCGUUGGAAAUCAUCUGGUUUAUCAACUCCAAAUGAAGUUGAAACUUUAAAAAAAUUAACUAAAUCUUUAUUGGAGGAUAAAAAUAAAAAAUAA